UCACUCGACACUUCCUACAGCGCGGCGGACGGAUCAGUCGCUCGCCGACCUCGUAACGCGACAGUACCGAGGUACGAAGCCGCUCGUCGAUCGCAAAUCGCAAUCGCAGGCGCCGCGUUGCUGCAACGACGAGGCCGUCGAAACGCCGUCGACGAGGGUGAUAUAUCGCACCUCCGCGCCUCCCCCCUCCGCGAGGGCCGUUGUCCGUUCCGCGCGAGCGCGUACGUCCCCGCGUCCGUCAUCCCUCCCCCCCCGCCGCGCCUCCUCCGUUGUGCCGUAUCGCGAAGACCGGAGGAGAACACCGGUGGAGUAUUAUACGAGUGCCGCGACGCAAGCAAGCCAGAGAGACAAAUCACGAGUGACACGAGUGCGCUAAAACUGGGGAGUGCGAAUGACCGAGGAUUCUCUCCCGUUCUUUUCUUCUGUGAUAACUUGACGAACGCGUCGGCUGAUACGCGUACCAGGAUAGUAAUCCCUCUCACGUGUUCACGUGCGCCGCGACGACGAGUUUCCGCGCGGGAUAAUUUCGCCGUCUCUGUCUCUCUCUCACUCUCUCACUCUUUCGGUAUCUCGCGCGCGCGGAUGCCGCCCGCCGCGACCUGAUUACGCGCGCCGCGUGCCGUCCCCGUGCGUGCAUGCGUGCGUGCGUGGAGCGCACGAAUCGCGAGGAGUGCGACGAAAUUUGAACCCCCGCCGAUGAACAACGGUGGAAUGAUUUGUGCCCGGUUGGAACGCGACGGCAAGUGAUAAUUAGUCCCAGCAGCUCGGUGUCGGUGCCCCGGCAAAGGAUUUUUAUCGACGAAGAGGAACGGAGCAGCGAGACGGAGCGCCGACAACGGACGACGAAGCAGAGGCAGCGAUAUCGAGAAGUCAUCAGUAAAUCUGAGGGCGUGUUAUGAAAUUGCUGCCACCGAUUCAGAUAUCGCAGCUACCGGCGGUUUCCGCUGCGGGCGGAAUGACCGGAAUGGAGCCCCGGCUGCCCCCAGGUAUAUCCUUGCCUUUCAGUCCGGACUGGGUCUGGAGGGCCCAGUAUGGGCCUUCGAUGGGUUUCCCACCGACACACCCACAGCCCAAUCCCGUCUUGGACUUUAAAACUCACCUACCAACGAGUUUGGUGUCCGACCCUAGACUGUGGUCACGGGAGGACGUGGCAGCGUUCCUGCGGUGGGCUGAACGGGAAUUCGACCUGCCGCCGUUCGACAUGGACGUGUUCCAGAUGAACGGCAAGGCCCUGUGCCUGCUGACCAAGGCCGAUAUGGGCGAGAGGUGUCCGAGCGCUGGCGACGUGCUGCACAAUGUGCUGACCAUGCUGGUGCGCGACUAUAGUCAGCUACAGAGAUGCCUGCCGAGCAGUCCGGUGACACCUACCAGACCGUCCACGUAUCCGCUGAGUCCACAUUCGCAUCCGCCUACGCCGACGUGGACGGAGACGCAGCCAUACGCCUCGAAUCUCGCCUCGCUGAUGUCGGCCAAUUCGGUGACGCUGUCGCCGGCGCCGUCCGUGGACAGUCAGUCGGGCUCACCUAGCCACGCGACUGACGCGAAUCAGACGCAGGUCUACAAGAGCGAUUCGGACGAGGACAAUACUCAUCAGGUAUCGAGUGGCAACAGCAGCCCACCGGCCACGCCAACCGCCUUGACGGCACAGAGGCUCAGCGAAGUGAGCGUCAAGGACCAACCGAGCCCGACGUUACCGCACCAAUUGAUGCCGCUGACGCCCGGUGCCUACCGAUCGACCGCCGCCAGCGCGACCAGAGAGUUCUUCCCCAGCGAUUCGUCAGAGCCCAACACUACACAAUUUCCGCCGUUCUGUUUAGACGGAAGACUGCUCUGGGAUUUCCUUCAGCAAUUGCUGAACGACCCCGCGCAACGGUAUCAGCAUUACAUCUCGUGGAAGAGUCGGGAAACUGGCGUCUUUAAGAUCGUCGAUCCGCCUGGUCUAGCGCGACUCUGGGGCAUCCAGAAGAAUCAUCUCUCUAUGAAUUACGACAAAAUGAGCAGAGCUUUACGUUAUUACUACCGCGUGAACAUACUUAGAAAAGUCCAGGGCGAACGACAUUGCUACCAAUUUCUGCGUAAUUCGAUCGAGUUGAAGAACAUCAAGAACAUAUCAUCGCUGCGCAAUCAGAUGCGAAUAAAGUCGGAACCGGAGGAGGAGAGGGGUCUCGGAAGUCCCGAGGUGGAACCGGAAGCGGACAUGCCGACGGACCUCUCGAUGUCCAGCAUGAACCAGCCGUCGAGCGAACAGCAGCAGCAGCCCCUGUCGUUGCACGACCCACCUGCCAAGUACAGAAGUCACGCGUACAAUCUCGUUAAGACCAAUCAGGAGCCGGAAGAGAGGAAGUGACGCGGGACCUAGCGAUGGUAGGAACGCAAUGAUCGUGCGUAAUCAUUAACCGCACCACGGCGGCCUACGAGGCCGGCGGCGAAAUGACGUAAGAAGGGUACCACAUCGGCAACCGAUCGACGAACUGCGGAGUGAAAUCGGAGAUCGCUCGCAAGCGAUCAUCGACUCCGUCCGGUUUGUUCAUAAGAACGUGGCUGGCAUCGUCUGCAUGAAGAUACGUGAAGAUCUUCAAGAUGGAAAAAGGCGGAAUCCGAAAAACAUAAUUCAUCGAUGAAGCUCGGAAAGAUGCGAUAAUGAAGAUCAGAUCUAAUCUCGGAAGUGGUAGUUGAUGUAGAGAAAAGCAUGCCAUGAUGGCUGGAGAUUUUGCCGAAUGCAAUCGUUAAUAAAUCGUAGAACGCUCGAAAUAUAAAUCGAAAGGACGAAACGUUAUGAAAGCUACGAUCUUGUAUGCUAACAUGUUAUGAGACUUUCUGCGAAUAAUCGUCAAAAUGAAAGAAGACAAACGAGCAUUCACGUUUAUUCAACUCACAGAGGCACAUUAAUUGAUGCUUUAGGGAUGAGGGAUUCUUUAAAGAUCCAAGAAAUUAAAUUUUAUGCCCUUUGUGCCCAAUUCUAUGUAUUUGUCGGGGACUCAAAGUUGCAAUCACGCAGAAUCCUAUUUUCGUCGUUAUAUGUAAGAGUGCGAUAAGAAGCUCAAGAAGAGAAUAUCCCCCUCAUGGUGUAAAUCAGAUAAUGACUCGGUCCCUUCCUUCCUUUUCGCCCUCACACAGAUUCUACUGACAAUGAGUACUGAUAAUGACAGAUGCUUCAAUGUGAAGCUGAAUCUUCGCGGAUAUUCCGCCCUAUCCCUUUCUCCACUUCACUCCCUCGUAACGGAACAAACCAUCCGUACCGGACAAUUUCCCUUCCAUUUUUACAACGACGAGGUGUGUAUGAAACGUACGGUCUUGGGUGCACUUAAAGAACCAUACACACGACGAUUCAAUGUACAAAGAAUGCCAGAAGAAUAACUGUUACCAGGUCUUUCCUUUCUUACGCGUUUCUCUUUCUCUUUUUUUUUUCUUAAUCUUAAGUAUAUAUUCUGUGAUGUACGACUUUUUUUCCCUUGCCGAAAGGUAGUCCAUGAAUAAGGUCGAUCCCAAAGAGAGACUCUACUUGAUUUGAGACAUUCAAUGUAAAUGCAUCACAGAAAAAUUACGUUAUUAAUAUUUCCAUAGUUUCUGAUGUACAAAGAGCUUGACAAAAUCUUUUCACGACAGUUCAAUAAUUAUGUAUAUCUAUGUAGAAUCAGAUUUUCGAAGAAAGAUUUAGUUGGAUUUUCUCAGGCUCUUACUGUAUAUGCGCUGAAACGGUUCUCCGUUUACUUUCACGUAUUUGUGCCAAGAACAUUUGCCGUUUAAUAAGAGAACGUUUUAUGUAUUUAGUCGACUGUUCCAAAAAAACUCGAUAUAUCACGAUUUUGGAACCAAUAUUACAUCCCUUGUGCUCGAUGUACGUGUUAUAUCAAGGAUUACGCGCCACAAUCGAGUGUCGUAUAAUCGAUUAUACGUUAUACGUUGUAGGAACUGUAUAUAAGCGGAAUUAAUGAACUGAAUUAAUAAAUUGUAAAUGCGAAUGAAAGCUAAGACGAAUAUUAGAGGAGUAGUGCAAGAAUAUUAUGGAAAUUCGGGGCCAGAGUUAGAAUAUAUAAAUUUAUCUAUAGAAAGAAUAUAUAUACAUAUAUUUUACUAUCAAAAUUUAUAUUCGAAAUUUCUAUAUUUGUUGCCUGUGUGAUUGUGGCUUACAUUCCACGACUCUUUAUCCGAGGUUUGUCAACCAGGGGAUAAACCGCGAAAGUCCGCGAAAGAGGACUGUAGAAAAGAACAUGAUAAAACAAGACGCAUAUACAAUUAGGAAACAGAUUUUAAGAAGAUUGCUAAUUGUAUUUUUGCACUUGAAAUUAUAAAAUCGAUAUAUAAAACCGAAGAUGUAAAAGCUUGAGAGAUAUAAAAUUGAGAAAAUAUGAGAGAACUCUAAAGUAUGAGUGCGAGCGAAAGGAAGACAGAAUGAAUGAGGCAGGUAUGAUAUAUAAAUAUUGAGAAAUAUAUAUCUGGCUUCUUGUAUACUGUGAUCUCUAUACUAUAUAAUGCAGAACGAGUUACAUAGUUGAAUAGGAAUUAUUAUCUAAAUAAAAUGCGUAUGCAUGUUACACACACUAGAUAAAACGUCUGUCUAAAAAUUGCGUGAUGUUAUCGAGAUAAGAUAUAUAUAUCUAUAAAGAUACACACAUGUAUACACAUAUAUACAUAUAAAGAACAUAUGUGUGUGUACGUC